AUGUCCCCUUCACUAGUCGAGCAACCUCUGGGUCCCCAGCUCCGAGUGCACAUCUAUUGCGUGCUUCUUUCAAGCCAAGUACGAGUCCCGUUCUUCCUCCAUAUACAAGGCCAAUGGCUCCGAAUUCUCCAUCCAGGACGACCCCCGGCCGACUCCUUGGCGGGUUACGUCUCCCAAGACGUCCCCACCAUCGGUGACCUCACUAUCUUGACGAAAGUCUCCUCGAUGAGCCCCUCCGAGGCCGACGGUGGUGAGGCCACAAUUGGCGGAAUCGACUACGCAGUCUACACUGGUAGCAUCGCCUACGUCCCUGUCCGCCGCAAGGCAUACUGGGAAGUUGAGCUUGAGAAGGUCCCAUUUGGAAACGAUGAGCUGGACCUUGAUCAGACAGGCGCUAUUGAUACUGGCGAGUCUCCUCUGCACCCCUUCAUUCUAUUCCCUACCGACAUCGCCGAAACGCUCAACACCAAAAUUGGCGGCACCAAGACAUGGAACGGUCAAUACCAAGUCGACUUCUCCCAAGUCCCCUCCCUUCCCGACCUGACGUUCUAUCUCAGCAGCAAGCCCUACACACUCAAGGGAAGCGCCUACGUCUUGGAAGUUCAGAGCACGUGCAUUUCCUCGUUCACCGAUCUGGAUAAACCUACCUGGAGGUUCAUCAUUGUGGAUCAUUCGAAUGUGAUGUGUUCCUCCGCCAAUAUUACACAGUUUUCGACCUCAGUCGGGUCGCUGUUGGGUUCUCCAAGGCUGUGUGAGGACCCCAACUUCAUCUGA